CUGUGAGCAGGGUUGUACGCUUGCUGAGGUGCCGAGGUCUUUCCGUGGGUCCCCCGCAGAAGUGGACGCGGGUCCAGAGGGAAACUGAGGAACGAAGGAAUUUAGUUAAGAUGAUGGCAACCUUUACUCCAAGGAAGAGGAAGCGACAUACACUGAAUGAUGACAAUGAUGAUAGCCUAUUAACAGAUAUUUCAUCAAGCAAAUUAAGGAUUGCUGAAAAUCUGUUUCCAUCGCCUAAUAAGAAACAUAACUGUCAAAGCAGUGUUCAAAGGGAAGACAGGUCUUGCUCCCACCAAGGCCAUUUCACUUCAAGUCCACUCAAAACAACUGAAAAUAAUAGGUUGUCAUUUGCAAACUACAGCUCAUUAUUUAAACCAGCUGUGUCUACUGUAUCUUUCUACAAUAAAGAUAAGUACUACCUCAAUCCACUUGAGAGGAAGUUGAUAAGAGAGUGCAGAUCUAUUUGUCUAGCAACUAAAAAUGGAGAUAAACCUUUUCCCAGUGUGACAGAAAACAUUCAGAGAAAACCAGUCUGUACCAAGAAGAAUAAAAAAACCCAGAAGAGUUUAACUGCUAAAUAUCAACCAAAUUAUAAGCACAUCAAGUCCAUACCAAGAAGCCUGAAAAAUCCCAAGCCAAAUCAAGUGACCUAUAAGCCAGUUGUGAACAAAGAGAACAGUUGUUUUCCAGCAGAAAAUUAUCCAAAUUCUCCUCCUCGGGUUCUAAGCCGGAAAAUAAAACCACAAGUUACACUCCAAGGUGGAGCAGCAUUUUUUGUUAGGAAAAGAAACUCUCCUAAAAAGUCACGUCUGGAAGAUAAGCCAUUACCAAUACAUUUGCAGAAAAAUGAACCAGAGGUCACUGAAGAUGCUCCAGAGGCAAAGCAAGUACCAAAGUCCUUGUUAGUGGAUGAGAAAUCAUUACAGGAUGCAAGAAGUAAAAAUGAAGAGAAACUGGGAAAGAAUUCCUCAGGUGCAGUAGUUUCUUCAAAGGAAUAUAAACUUGAUAAACAUAAUUUUCCUUCAGAGAAUUCACUUGAUGAGAACAAGACAAUUUCUCCAGAGUCUGUCUAUCCCAUCUUCAGUGUUUCUUCAGUGAACACAAAAAGGUCUCCACCUGAAGAACACUCUCCUGUGGGAUCCACUACAUGUACUAAUUUCUUGAAACAGACAAAUGUACAGAAAAAUAUUAAUUCCAGAGAUACAAAUAAAGGAGGAAAAGAUCAGUUCAUCAUUGAUGCAGGUCAGAAACAUUUUGGGACGACUAUGUGUAAAUCUUGUGGCAUGAUCUAUACUGCUUCCAACCCUGAAGAUGAAAUACAACAUCUCCAACAUCACCACAGAUUUCUGGAAGGAAUUAAAUAUGUGGGCUGGAAAAGAGAACGGGUUGUAGCAGAGUUUUGGGAUGGGAAGAUCGUGUUGGUCCUGCCACAUGAUCCAAGUUACGCUAUCAAAAAGGUAGAAGAUGUCCAAGAACUCGUGGAUCUGGAAUUGGGUUUCCAGCAGGUUGUUCCCAUGUAUCCAAACAAAACCAAAACCUUCCUCUUUAUUGAUGAAAAGAGAGUAGUUGGAUGUUUAAUUGCGGAACCCAUCAAACAGGCCUUUCGUGUCCUGUCAGAACCAACUGCCACUAAAGAAUGUUCUAGAGCUUGGCGGUGUUCAGAUGUACCAGAACCUGCUAUUUGUGGAAUAAGUAGAAUAUGGGUCUUCAAACUAAAAAGAAGAAAGCGCAUUGCAAGACGACUGGUUGACACUGUCAGGAAUUGCUUCAUGUUUGGCUGUUUCCUCAGCACUAAUGAAAUUGCAUUUUCUGACCCAACACCAGAUGGCAAAUUAUUUGCAACCAAGUACUGCAACACCCCUAAUUUCCUUGUAUAUAAUUUUCAUAGCUAAAGCCAAUUGCAGCCACAAAUCUGGUAUGUGGAAACGUUCAGCUAGAGAGAAACUAAUUAGUAUCAGAAUGAAAAUCUUAAGACUGUACACAUGUACAUACCAGUUUUUUUCUUUAUGUGAUAAUUUGUUGAGAAUUGUUUGGGAUUCAAAGAAAAAAAUCUUUGUGUACACUCUGAAUUCUUAAUUCUGAAAAGCUUCACAGCAAGGUGGCUUUGCAGAAACUGGGCCACUUUAUAAGGAACACAUGCACACACUUUUAGACCAUGGUUGUCUCCUGCUCCAUCAGUAGAGGCAAAUCUAAACACAGGCCGUGAGAUAAUUCCUGAAUUCCUUAUGGAGCGAUCCCGCUUUACAAAGCAUACUGUAGCAGCUAAGUUGAAAAUACUUAAAAGUAUUUCUGAUUUGUAAUAAGAUAGCAGAAAUUAUCUCAUCAACUAUUCCAUAUUAAUUUCAUAAUCCCUUAGAAAAUUAAUAAAAAGCAUGCUUAUCAUAAAAUUGAAUUAAGA